AUGGCUACGAUAACUGCCAAAACUUCAUGCGUUAAAUGCAAAAAAAUCAAAAACACAUUGAAAUGUAGUGGAUGUUCUCAAGAUUUUUGUUUCGAUCAUAUAGCUGAACAUCGUAAUGAAUUGAGUGAACAAUUAAGUCAAUGUGAGGAUCAAUUCAAUGAAGUUAAAAUCAAAAUUGACGAACAAAAAAGUGAACCACAAAAAAAUAAAUUAAUGAAACAAAUCGAUAGAUGGGAAAUCGAAUCAAUUGAAAAAAUUCAACAAAUGGCAAAUGAAAUUCGUUUUGAACUUUCAUCAUGUAUUAUUAAAUUUGUGACUGAUCUUGAUAUGAAAUUGAAACAAUUAACAAAACAAAUUAUUCAAUGUCGUAAAGAAGAUGAUUUUUCUGAUAUUGAGAUUAAAUUUUUCAAUGAAGAACUUAAACGAUUAAAAGAUAUUCUCAACAAUCCAACAGAUUUCAAAAUUGAACAAGAAUCAACAACAUUCAUUAAUAAAAUUCAUCUUACACACAAAGCAACACUUUUACGUGAUGCUAAUGUUAAUACAAAUGCGAAAUGGAUACAAAAUGGAAUCACUAUAGCUGGAGGAAAUGGACAAGGUAACGCAUUGAAUCAACUUGCCUCUCCUCAUGGUUUGUGUAUUGAUAAUGAUCAAACUGUCUAUAUUGCUGACUGUUGGAAUCAUCGUAUUAUGGAAUGGAAACCUGGCGCAACAACUGGUCGAGUUGUUGCUGGUGGAAAUGGACAAGGAAACCAUUCGAAUCAGUUGAAUUAUCCAGCAGAUGUAAUUAUUGAUAAGAAGAGAAAUAGUCUUAUCAUUUGCGAUUACAAUAAUAAAAGAGUUGUUCGAUGGCCUCUUCAAAAUAGUACACAUGGAGAAACAAUCAUCUCAAAUAUUGGAUGUUUGGGAUUGACGAUGGAUGAUGAUGAAUUUCUGUAUAUUGUCGAUAAAGAUAAACAUGAGGUUAGGCGAUACCGAAUGGAAGAAAACCAAGAAACAGUGGUUGCAGGUGGAAAUGGACAAGGAAAUCGUCUUGAUCAGUUGUCUAGUCCUACAUACAUAUUCGUCGAUCAAGAUCAUUCAGUGUUUGUAUCAGAUUACGAUAAUCAUCGUGUAAUGAAAUGGAUGGAAGGUAAGAAACAAGGUAUUGUUGUAGCUGGUGGUCAAGGACAAGGAAAUAGUCUUUCACAAUUAUCACAUACUUAUGGAAUUAUUGUGGAUCAAUCAGGUACUCUUUAUGUGGCUGAUCGUUCGAAUGAUCGAAUUAUGUGUUGGUCUCAAGGAGCCACACAAGGUAAUGUGAUCAUUGGCGAAAAUGGUCAAGGAUGUCAAUUGAAUCAACUCUCUGUUCCAAUUGGUUUGCAAUUUGAUCGAGAGGGUAAUCUCUAUGUGUGCGAAUUUGGAAAUAAUCGAGUGCAAAAGUUCAACAUUAACCAAAGUUGA